AUGUCAGUAUCAUCAAUUGUUCGUCCAUCGAUAUCUAGUGUUGCAGGUGUUUCACCGAGUACUGAUCUUAGUCGUCCGUCAAUUCAACUUUUUCAUCCUCCUCGUCUAAGUACUACAUCACAACAACAUCUAAAUAACGGUUGUUUACCAUCGUCUACACUUGGACGAUUAUCACAAGCUGAAGUUCUCUCUCAAACAUUUACAGUAGGCGGUCAUCAUUCAUCAAAUACAAAUUUAAAAUGUAGUGAAAUAUUACGAUUAAAAUUAAAAUAUUAUUUAUUAACACUAACAUUAACGAUUCUUUUAGCAUUUUUAUUAAUAAUCACAAUUGAAUUAUCAAUGCAAGUAUUUCAUUUUAAUCCAACUACUACCAUCAUUACAAAUACGACAAUAAAUAAAACUAUUUAUAAAACUGAACUAAAAAUUCAUUCAUAUUUCUUUUGUACAUGGAUAUUUAAUUUUCUUUUAUUAUCAUGUUUUCCAUUACAAAUAACUAUCUAUAAAUAUUGUGUGUCAAAAACAACUACGACAACAAUUAGGUAA